UUUCAGAGCCUUCCUGCUGAAAACACUGCUCUGUUCACUUUGCCCUCAAUCCCAUGCAGCUUGAGUCAGCGAUGUAAGGGAUGCGGGUGGCAGCUGUUAACUGAAGUGGUAAUGGGGAGAAAGCAUCUACAACGCCUGAAACCCAAGGGGGUAGAAUUCCGUGUUUCAGCUAUGGACUUUUGGGUGACAGCAUCACUGCACGCAGCAACAGCACAUCCUGCUGCACUCAGCUCUUUCUAACAGCGAUGCAUGGCCCAUUUCUUAAAUAUUGGGGCUAAUGCAUUUAUUUUCUAGCACGAAUUCAUGGCAGAAUACAGUGAACUACAACUUCAAAGACCGCUGACGAAACAAAAGCUGGUGUUCCACUCGGGACGUGGCAGCUCUGGCCCACGGAAGGAGCAGGGUCAGAAAGAACAACGAACGCUCUGUGCUGUCCCACGGAUCUGCAGCUCAAAGCGCUGGGCUACGGCCAAUGCCCCCCGCGCCUGGGCCUCCCUUUCUCUCUCACACACACAGACCGAGCCGAGGCAGGCACUGCAACGAGGGCAGGAAAAAGGGCUGGAGGGUCUUAAAGCGAAAGGGAGAACGGAAAGCCCAAUAGAGAAUAACAGCCAAGCCCGUCCGGGCACGGGCGAGGCAGGCAUUCACACGUGCCGCAGAGGCGGAGUGCGGGAAGGCAGCAACGAAGGCACCGGGGCCGUCACCUGGCAGCCGCGGCUUUGCAAACCCGACGGAGAGCGGCACGGCAGCCCCAGCAGCCAGCUCCUCGGGACCGCGGGCUUCAGCCGCCGCCCGCCGUCAGCGGCACGGCAGCGUUACAGCGAGACCCGCGCGCAGUACCGCGCGGAGAGGCAGCACAGCCACCGCGAAACUCCUACUGCCCAAUUCACCGUCAUUUCAUUAGCUCGCAAGCUGGCGGGAGGCUCUCACGAAGCGUUUGGAAACCGGAGUUUUCGAAUGGAGCUAGGUGGCGAAACAGAACAGAACCUCGGGACACCCAUAAUUCCACAAGGGACGGCGUCCCUUCGUAAAGCGAAGAAAACGACUGUAAAAACAUGCCUAGAUAACCCCUUUGUUAUUCAGUGGAAAACCAUAGAUGGAGAUAGUAUGCAUUUUAUAUUACAGACCUUAGAAGAAAAGAUUAAAUGUAUUGGGCUUAAAAAGAUAGAGACUCCAAGAAAGAAGAAACGUUCCGCUACAAAAAAACAAAUGGAAAGCAAAUGUGAUGCUAGCAAUAAUGAGCUCCCUGCAGAAGAAGAAACAGAAGGCCAUCGACAAGCACCAGGAUGGACUGACGUGGGCAUCAGAAGACAGCUUGCUAUUGGAAUUAAUGAAGUUACAAAAGCAUUGGAGAAAAACGAACUACUUCUCUUGCUGGUGUGCAAAUCUGCAAAACCUGCCAUGAUCACAUCCCAUCUCAUUCAGCUGAGCGCAAGUCGAGCCACGCCAGCAGGGCAGGUUCCCCGUCUCAGUGAAACAGUAGCGCCACUUCUUGGCUUAACGUCCAUUUUAGCGCUAGGCUUUAAAAGGCAGUCUGAUAAAUUUACUGACGUAAUAGAAGCAAUAACUCCAAAGAUACCUGCUUUGGAAGUGCCAUGGUUUCAGUACCUAACUGAAGGAUCUGCAGCGUGUGCGGAGUCAUCAGAAACUGAUGAACCUGAGCAGCUUGCAGAGACGCUGGAGGAGGAGCUCUCAAGGCAGAAGCGGAAGCGUACAGAAAGCAAUCAGCUCGAUCUUUCACAUGUAAUUUUGCAGCCUUUGAAAAUCAAGAAAGUUGUUCCAAAUCCAAAUAAGAUAAAGAAACCACCUCGCAAAAAGAAAAAAGCUUUCUCAGCAUAACUGAUUUUAGUUCAGUUCUUCAGAUUACAGUGAUUUCUUUUUAAUGCCUAUGGAGUAUAGCUGUAACUGAACUUUGUUAAGCUUUAACAGUGUAAAGCAGUUGAACUCAAGGUUAACUCAUCUGUGAUGCAUCCAGGUGAGGUUCUAUCUGCUUUAAUAAAGAAUACGUCUCAGA